CAGCGGAUKAUUUUAUAAAAACAAAAUGGCUGCUCAAGGAAGAACGGUCAUCGAGCUGUCCUCUCUACCAUUACAAGUAUUUCUGUAUCUGAAUGUCUGGUACUCUGUUAUAUUCUGUGCUGCAGAAAUACUUCUUUUUGUGUACAAAGGUACUGUAUUGCCAUAUCCAAGCAUGGCUGGAACACUGGCAAUAGAAAUACUGUUGGUUCUUUUGUUGGCUUUUGUAGAAGGUGUCAGGCUUUUCUUUGGUUAUAAAGGCAAUUUGGCAGAACAGUCAAUGGCACUAAUAGUAUCAAUAAUUCUUGGUAUCCCAACUCUGUUUAUUGAACUCUUUAUUCUUCUUUGGCAGACKUAUGUGUUACGGUUGGAGGUUAUAUUAGUUGCAAUCCAGCUAUGUCUGCUUACRCUGGAAAUCAUACUCAGCAUUGCAACAAUGCUGACAUUCCAAAAAUAUCGAUCCAUGCAAAGRUGAAAAGAUGACAUAUAUCCACUUCUGUAAUGGGGCUUUUUUAUCGCAUUCGUGUUUUUSAACGACCUCGG